UGGCCGUCUCCGUGCAAGAGCACCCGCUCCCCAUGUAGAUAUAAAGGGCUCAUUCUAAGGAAAAGAAAAGACAAUUCAUAUUUUCAGCUGACAAAAUGGCGAUGACAGAUCUGUUGAAAGCUGAGGAGAUCAAGAAAGCUCUUGAUGCCUUUGCAGCAGAAACAUUCGACCCUAAAAAGUUCUUUGAAAUGGUGGGAAUGAAGGCCAUGUCUGCCGAAAACGUCAAGAAGGUCUUCCAGGUUCUGGAUGUGGAUGGUAGUGGAUUCAUAGAAGAGGGCGAGCUCAAGUUCGUACUGAAGGGCUUUUCCCAGGAGGGCAGAGAUCUGACUGACGCCGAGACAUCAGCAUUCCUUAAAGCUGCAGACAAAGAUGGAGACGGAAAGAUCGGCAUUGACGAGUUUGAGGGCUUGGUGCAUGAAUAGAGGACAGAUGAACAUCCUUGUCCUCCUCCUCCUCCUCUUCCUCCCUGCAUUCAUAUUUUGU